AUGCCGCCGAAAAGGAUCCCGCUGUCGUGCGUGGGCCACACGCGCCCCGUGCUGCAGCUCGCAUACAGCGGCAUGACACCGGACGGCAUCUUCCUCGUCUCCGCCAGCAAAGACGGCAAGCCCAUGCUGAGGAACGGGCAGACUGGCGAUUGGAUCGGCACCUUCGAGGACCACGAUGGCGCUGUGUGGGGCGUUGACAUUGAUGUCAUGGGACAGCGCGUCAUGACCGGAUCCGCCGACUUUUCUGCGAAGCUGUUUGACGCCACGCGUGGUCAAGUCAUCCAAACUCUGCAGCACCCACACAUCGUCAAGGCCGUCUCCCUCUCUCCGGAUGUCAACUUGGUGGCGACAGCAUGUGGAGACAAGAAGGUUCGCCUCUUUGACCUUCGCGCAAACCAAGACGGCCACGUUAUUUCAACACACGACCAAGUGAUCAACCGCGUGCUGUUCACGGCUGACGGAAACCACAUCCUGAGCGGCGGCGAAGAUGGCAUCAUCAGAACAUAUGACCGCACCAACAGUGCGGAGAUGAACACAAUGAUUGGGGAUCCAAUUAAGGACUUGUGCCGCAAAGCAGACGGGCGUAUUCUCGCCAGCUGCUCCUCCAGCAUCAAGCGCCUCGACAUCACAGGCACGAGCGUUGAGCACACAGUACAGGUACCGACACCCGUUUACACAGCAGCUGCGCAUCAUGCCGAGGAUAUGCUCGUGUGGGGCGGAGAAGACCAGCUUGUCCAUGUCUGCACUGAAGACGGCGCGGUGCAAGACGAGUUGAACAAGCAUUUUGGGGCGGUGCAUUGCGUGCGGUUUUCACCCGACGGGCAGUCGUUUUCGUCGUGUUCGGAGGAUGGCACACUUCUUCUGUGGCAGGUGCAUCCUGGCGAGGAGUAUGGUCUCUGGCGUGCACAGACAGACGACGACGACAGCAGCGCCACCACCACAGGCACACCCGCGCCACCACCAAACCACACUGUCGCCACCCAGUGA